CCCGGGGGCGCGCAGGGCGGCGCGGGCCUCCCCGCGCAGGCGGCGCUCUACGGCCACCCGGUCUACGGCUACUCCGCGGCGGCGGCGGCGGCCGCGCUGGCCGGCCAGCACCCGGCGCUCUCCUACUCCUACCCGCAGGUGCAGGGCGCGCACCCUGCGCACCCCGCCGACCCCAUCAAGCUGGGCGCCGGCACCUUCCAGCUGGACCAGUGGCUGCGUGCGUCCACCGCGGGCAUGAUCCUGCCCAAGAUGCCCGACUUUAACUCCCAGGCGCAGUCCAACCUCCUGGGGAAGUGCCGCCGGCCCCGCACAGCCUUCACCAGCCAGCAGCUGCUGGAGCUGGAGCACCAGUUCAAGCUCAACAAGUACCUGUCGCGGCCCAAGCGCUUCGAGGUGGCCACAUCGCUAAUGCUCACGGAGACCCAGGUGAAGAUCUGGUUCCAGAACCGGCGGAUGAAGUGGAAACGCAGCAAAAAGGCCAAGGAGCAGGCGGCACAGGAGGCCGAGAAGCAGAAGGGGGGCGGGGGCGCGAGCAAAGGGGGCAGCACGGAUGACAAGGGAGAGGAGGAGCUGCUGGGGCCGCCUGCAGUCGGGGACAAAGGCAGCGGACGCCGCCUGCGGGACUUGAGGGACAGUGACCCCGAGGAGGACGAGGACGACGAGGACGAGGACCACUUCCCCUACAGCAACGGCGCCAGCACACACGCCAUCUCCUCCGACUGCUCCUCCGAGGCCGACUCGCCACCUCCACGGCCCGGGGGCCCCGGGCAUCAGCCCCCGCCCCAGUAGGGCCCCCACCCCUCGGGCAGCCAGCAGCCCCGCAGGCCUGUGAACCAGGCCGCUGUCUGGGGCUGCGUGUGUGGGCUGCUCUCUAGAGGGUGGCCCAGCGGGUUCAAACUUGGACUCCUGUUCUUUUUUAUUUAAUUUUGGUUAGUGUUGGGGGGUGGCGUUUGUGAGAAGAGCUGACCACAACCAGGGGGAGCCUCCGACUCCCGUAUUCCUGAAUGGAGAAGGCAGGAACCUACAGUGUUGGACGACCUGGAAAACUUGAAACCUUCUCCGGAAUCGCCAUUCUGCUGAGUAUUGAAAAAGGGAAAAUGUUUUGUGCUUACCUAUCUUAGGGGGAACUUUAUGUCAUGAUCAUUCAAACUGCUGGAAAUCUCAGAACCGUACUGUCUUUAUUUUUGUAUAUUGUAUUUAUAUAUAUAUAUAUAUAUAUAAAGAAGCGUCUACUUAUGCAUGCUAAAUUAUUAUUUAGCUUCUCCCAUCGCCCAUGAUGGAAUGUAAAAUAAAUUGGUUUUUU